GUGAGCUGUGAACUGUCAUUCGAUUUUGUGAUUUUGGUCGAGUAACGAGGAUUUUUCAAAUUCAGUGUUUAAUAUUGAGCUAGGAUAAUGGCGAGAAAAAAGAAUGGACGGAAAAUGGUGGGAACAGGUAAAAAGGGUAAAAAAUAUCAGAAGCAACAACCACUAAAGAUCGCAACCCUUGUGCUCUCUGCUAUUCAAGAUCUUCGUGAAACCAAAGGAUCUACGUCUAGGAAGAUCCUUGGACAUAUAACGUACGCAUCAGAUUUACCACAAAAUCGUGUUAAGCGACAGGUAAAACGUGCUCUGCAGCGUGGUGUCGAGUACGGUAUUCUCAGGAGAUAUCGCGGUCAGUAUUUCCUACCGUCGGGGGAUGAAAUGGAACGCGCCAAUCGGAUUGCCAAUCGAUUUGCCAAACUCAAAAGUUCAGCACCCCGCAUCACCGAGUCCUUUGCAGAUCAGAGGAGAAUUUUUUCAAGAGACCCGGCAAAGAGAUAUUAUUUGAGCAGGAAAGGCAAAGUAGUAAAUAAUUUUGACAAAAAGACCAGAGGCAGAACACGAUCUACGCCAGUAUCUGGCGCUUCCAGUUAUCUCAAUCACUUUUGAACGUUUAUCUCAAAAUCGAUUACCCUAUUAAUUUCUUAAAUUCUCGUGCAGAGAUACCGUGAAAAGUCUAGUGUCUCGUUUCUGUAACCUUAAUAAAAUAUAG